AUGUCAUCUAAUCAGGGAUCAGCCAUCAAGCACGAAGAAGGAGGUGCAGUAGCGCCAGUGAAUGACCCAUCGCCGCCGCAGACUGCGAAACCGUCAACCUUGCUGGAGGAUCAUCAGAAUAUCACUCAUUCGUUCCCACCCUCGCACAUUUUGGAAGAUGGGCGUUUUGUUUACCUUCCUCCUGCUAAUAAAUUUGAUAGAUCCAAGUUUUUUGAACGUUCUAUUGCCCGUCAUGGCCUGUUGGCGAAGGAUAUGAUGGGCAAAAAGAGUACGGCACUGGAGCAGCAAAAAGAGGAAGAAAAGAAAAAGAAGGAGGAAGAGGAGGACAAGACAGCACCCCAAGUACACCCCCUUGCUAAAGCUUCCGCUCGAUUAAACGCCAAUGGACUUGCAGAACUAAAUCGAGUCAUUAACUUGGCGACUUUAACAACUACCGGCGAUUACUUUGGAUUGACAACUGUUGUCGAUCCGGCACUGGAAGCCGAAGCCAAGACUUCCGAAGGGAGCGCACCCAGUGCCGCCUUGGGUUCUGCUCAUAGUACUGCUGUGAAGAGUACCUAUAUUCUCAAGAGAAAAAGGUCUCAAUUUAUGAAAGCUAGUCAAGUCAUUGAACGUCAUCAGAAACGCCUGAAAGCCUCCAUUGUCGCUCAAAGAGUCAUUGAUCGGAGACUCUUUCAACUCCGACAACAGUGGCGAUUGGUUGCUCCCGAGCAUGGUACCCGAGCGCGGCUGCAUGCAGCAAAGCCCACGGAAGUGGUGGCUAUUGAUGUUGACGUCUACGAUCGGGACCGAGUGGGAGGAGGAAACAAGGCGUUGCUUGGAAAAGGACAGCAAAGUUUGGCCGGUCGAUUGGCGAGUCGAGUUCCACGAUUUGCUACUGUCGAGCUAAAAGAUGAUUACAAGGUUCCCGAGGAAGACCAAGAAGAAACAGACAAUUCUCAAGCGGCAUGGACCAGAGCGGAACCAUUUGCGAUUGCCGAUCCUACCCUCGGCCGUGUCAUGGAGAACUUCGACCCGUCUAAAGUUCCCAUGUUGAAUUUGCAACUAGAAAUUCAAAAGGCAUCCAGCGGAUUUCUCCAAUCAUCCUGUCUAAAACCAAUGACAACACUCUCUGCUGCCGAAGGGACGGACAACGUCUACGCCAAAGAUGAGGAACUGCUUGUGACCCUUCAGCAUUCCUUGUAUUGCGCAUCGCUUUUUGAGUCCAUUCGAAAGGAGCUGGACCCUAUCGAAAAUGAAGGUCCACAGCAACUCUCGCUGCAAUUGAAGAAGGCCGAAGCCCCUGCUUGGUUAUCAUGCGAGUCCGAAGAGAAUUUCUUGCCUGCACCAUCUCGUCUAGUCGGCGGGGAUUUUGGACGAGGAUUGGGAUCACUGUCCAUUGUACAUUGUCACGAGGGGGAAGUCAAAGUACAACUGGACGCCGAGUAUACUUUGUGUGUCAAGCUGGUAGAAGCCGACACAAUGGAUGAGGAAGAUAUGGAUACCAAGACACAAACGAGCAACAGCGGAAGUCAGAGUCCAGCCCAACUACAGGCACUCUGCCGGGCAUUGCUUCUCCACACCCAAAAUGUCUAUCACCAACAUUCUUUAUACCUAAGGGAGCGUGCGAAACGAAAACAGGAAGAAGAGGAGCGAAAAAAGGAUGAACCAAAAGGUUUGGCACGAAUCAAGAAGGAAGAUAUGCCAGACAGACCCAAGAUUCUCGCCUCUUGUGUGAGUCUAGGCUCCAAAAUGUUGUUUGAAAAGCGAAUCGCAAAGGUGAUAACAAGAGUAUCCAAAUGGUUAAAGAACCAAUCACCAAAGCCAAUGGCGGUCGAUUGGCUCGGGUUAUCCAUCUUUGAUCUGCAGUCCCAUUUUACUAUUUCCUUUGGUCGCAUGGUCCUGGAUGUCAGUAUUGUGCGAGACAGCAUGACUGUGACUGAGAUUGAUGACGACGUCCACAAAAAGGUGAAGUUUCAUUCCGAGUUUGAGUUUGAGAUCUUUCUCAAGAUGCAACUGCAGCGAAAUUUAUAG